AUGUCUACGCUCAAAAAAACAUCUCAGUCUGAAAUUGAUCCAGAUGAACGUUCUCUGUCACCACCACUAGAAACAGUCAACAUGAAUGAUUUCGACGGAGAUGAGAUAGAUGAAGAAAAGAUCAAAGGUGAUCUUAAAGAACGUGAUGAAUUUUCGAAACGUAUACGAGAACGAGAUGAUGAACGAACACGGAAAAAAAUUAAGUAUGAAAAUGUUAAAAUCGAAGACGAGGCUAAUAGACGAAAACAAUUAAGUACAGACGCUUUACGUAAGAAAUCUCGUUAUGUUUACUUAGCUGAACGUAAAGACAAAAAAGUAAAUGAAUUGGAAGCAGAAUUAGCCGAUGAAAAAUAUCUAUUUGAGGGUAUGAAAUUAACAAAACGUGAAUUAGAUAAUAUUAAAUUUAAAGAAUAUACUCUCAAAUUGGCUAGAGAACAUGAAAAGGCACAAGAAUUAGAAAAUAUCGAACGAUACCAUAUGCCUGGUGAUAAAAGUGAAGAAGUUCAUAAAAAUGAUCGAUACUCAGAAGAUAAUCGUCAUCCAGAUUCGUCAAAAAAUGCUGGCGGAUCAGCAAAUCUAAAUUUUGAACAACGUAAAUGGGAAGAUGAAUUAAUUCGAGCGGGUUUACCAUCUUUUGGUUCAAAAGAUAAAAAAGAAAAAGAUUCAAGAAAAACCUAUGAUUAUGUGUUGGACGAAGAAAUACAAUUUGUUAAAGCAUUAACAAAACCGGGUAUCAAUGAAAUACUCAAACAAAAAGAAAAACAUUCCGAUUAUGAAGAUGAACAUAAAAAAAAAUAUCGAUCAUUACAAGAUGUUAGAAAAACAUUACCCAUUUAUAAACUUCGAGAUGAAUUAAUGAAAGCAAUACGUGAUCAUCAAGUAUUAAUUAUUGAAGGAGAAACUGGUAGUGGAAAAACAACACAAAUUCCACAAUAUUUGUUUGAAGAUGGUUAUUGUGUUGGUGAAGAUGAUAAUUUGGAUGACGAAGAAGAUAGUAAUGAUAAUAAUGAAGAUGGGGAAAAGAAGAAAAAAGAAGACAAAAAAAUGAUGAUCGCGUGUACACAACCUCGUCGAGUAGCUGCCAUGUCCGUGGCUGCACGUGUUGCUGAAGAAAUGAACGUUAAAUUAGGUCGAGAAGUCGGUUAUACAAUUCGUUUUGAAGAUUGUACAUCGGAUAGAACAAUAAUUAAAUAUAUGACAGAUGGAAUGUUGUUACGAGAGUUUUUAAGUGAACCUGAUUUGGCAUCUUAUAGCGUGUUAAUAAUUGAUGAAGCACAUGAACGUACAUUGCAUACCGAUGUGUUGUUUGGAUUAGUAAAAGAUAUUGCUCGAUUUCGUCCAAAAUUAAAAUUGUUAAUAUCGUCAGCAACAUUGGAUGCCGAUAAAUUUUCUCAAUUUUUUGAUGAUGCACCAAUAUUUAGAAUACCAGGUCGACGUUAUCCCGUUGAUAUUUUUUAUACAAAAGCACCAGAACCAGAUUAUAUUGAUGCAGCUGUUGUCACCGUAUUGCAGAUACAUGUCACACAACCAUCUGGUGACAUUUUGGUAUUUUUGACCGGACAGGAAGAAAUAGAAACAGCCAAUGAAAUGUUAUUAGAACGAACAAGACGAUUAGGAUCAAAAAUAAGAGAAUUAAUUAUAUUACCAAUUUAUUCAACUUUACCAUCUGAGAUGCAGAUAAAAAUCUUUGAACCAGCACCGUUUGGUGCAAGAAAAGUUAUUUUGGCAACAAAUAUUGCUGAAACAUCAUUAACUAUUGACGGAAUUCAUUAUGUUAUUGAUCCUGGAUUUUGCAAGCAAAAAAGUUAUAAUGCUCGUAGUGGAAUGGAACAAUUAACAAUCACACCUAUUUCAAAAGCGUCAGCAGAUCAACGUGCUGGUAGAGCAGGUCGUGUGGCACCUGGAAAAUGUUUUCGUCUAUAUACAACUUGGGCCUACCAACAUGAACUUGACGAUAAUACAAUACCAGAAAUUCAACGAACAAAUUUGGGCAAUGUUGUGCUAUUAUUGAAAAGUCUUGGUAUUCAUGACCUUGUCCAUUUUGAUUACAUGGAUGCUCCACCGUUCGAGACACUUAAAUUAGCAUUUGAACAAUUGUAUGCCUUGGGUGCAUUAAACCAUAAAGCUGAAUUAACAAAAUUAGGUCGUCGUAUGGCUGAAUUUCCACUCGAUCCAAUGUUAUCUAAAACAAUAUUGGCCAGUGAAACGUACAAAUGUUCAGCUGAAAUUUUAACAAUUGUCGCAAUGUUAUCAGUGAAUAAUUCUAUUUUUUUUCGUCCAAAAGAUAAAAUUUUAUUGGCUGAUACAGCACGUCAAGGUUUUUUCGUACCCGGUGGUGAUCAUUUAACAUUGUUAAAUGUUUAUAAUCAAUGGAAAGAUAUUAAUUAUUCGACACAAUGGUGUUAUGAGAAUUUUAUACAAUUUCGAUCGAUGAAUCGUGCAAGACAAAUUCGUGAUCAAUUAGAAGGUUUAAUGGAGCGUGUAGAAAUUGAAAUUGAAUCAAAUCCAACUGAAUCAAUCGGCAUUCGAAAAGCUAUCACAAGUGGAUUUUUUUAUCAUACAGCUAAAUUUAGUAAAAAUGGACUUUACAAAACUGUAAGACAUCAACAAAGUGUGUUAAUUCAUCCAAAUAGUUGUCUAUUUGAACAGAUACCCCGUUACGUUAUCUAUUUUGAAUUAGUUUUAACAACAAAAGAAUAUAUGAGACAAGUGAUUGAAAUUGAAAAUCAAUGGCUAUUAGAAGUUGCACCACAUUUUUAUAAAACAAAAAAAUUAGAUGAAGAUAAUAGUGUUAAAAAAUUACCAAAAAAAUUAGGAAAAACAAAAGAAGAAUUAGAACGAAAUUAUUAG